AGUUAAUCAGCCUGGUAAUUUUCAUACUGUCCCUGCAGGUGUGUCCACAGUGAAAACCGUGUCUGUACAGGGAGGAGGAUCUGUCACCAUCCCAUGUUUCUAUGAGGACAGAUAUGAAACUGAUGAGAAAUACUGGUGCAGAGGGUAUAAUGUGAGGUCAUGUACUCCCGUAGUACACAGUGACUCUCCACAGGAGGGUAACGUGUCAAUCAGAGAUGAUCCUGACCAGCGAGUCUUCACUGUGACCAUCAACAAUCUGACAGUUCAGGACUCUAAUGGGUACUCAUGCGGUGUGAAGAUCAGUGGACGUUCAGAUGCUGAAGCAUCACUUUACCUGUCAGUCACUGAUGAUUCCACAUGGCUGUCAGUGGACAAACAGGAGGUGACGGGUGUGGAAGGAGACAGUGUCAGUGUUCAGUGUCACUAUGGAAACAGUGGCAGUCUGAAGUUGUGGUGUAAGAUCGGGGGCUCCUGUGCAUCAGAGAGAUCUGGGAGUUUGGAUGGGAGGCCUGUCCUGAUCAGGGAUGACAGAGUAAAUAAAGUCUUCAGUGUGACAAUGGGGGGACUGGAGAGGAAGGACACUGGCUGGUACUGGUGUGCUGACAGAGACCAUCAGAUCCCAGUUCAUAUUACUGUCAAUCAGGCAACUACAACCACAACCAGCACUGAAGAAACCACAGUCCUUACUCCAGGUUCUGCUUCUGUCUCAGUGACCAUCAAGCCUUCUGCUCCUGGAUCGACCCCCACAGGAGCCAAUGAUAAGGAACAGAGUCAUAAUAUCCCUGAUACGGCAUCCCAUCCAGGCUCCUUGGUCCAGCUGGCUCUGUAUGUAGGACUGGGCUUAUUGGUGCUGCUGCUGAUCAUCAUCAUCAUCACAUGGAAAGUGCGGGACAAACACAAGAAACAAAUGGUCAGGAACCAACAUCCAGGAAGCACAGAAUUGACAUUGAAUCCAGACUAUGAAUAUGCAGCUGUAGACAGAACUGGCAUCAUCAGAAGAGCCCCCACAGAUCAGUUGAACCCAGACUAUGAAUAUGCGGCUGUAGACAGAACUGGCAUCAUCAGAAGAGCCCCCACAGAUCAGGCCUCUGAGGAGCCUGGUGCUGAUGUCACCUACAGCUCCAUUGUCCUGUCAGACCCAGAGGUGUCCUCUAGAUGUUCUUCACACCGUCCUGCUGUAACCCCAGCCAGCGAUGUGGUCUACAGCUCAGUCGCCCUGAAGCACAGAGAGUAGGGGGCAGCAACACAGAGAGGCUCCUCAACAUGUGGGGAGCUACUGCUCAGGAUGAGAGCUGUGAGGGACACACAGAUACUCCAGUGAUGGGGAGGGAUCAUCACCAGAGAGGAGCAUCUUACAGUGAUGUGAGCUGUAUUUAAAUGGCAUGCAGCUCUGUCACAUUACAGUGUGACAGUAAGAAUCAGCCAGUGAGAAACACACAUUCAUGGCUGUUGUGCAUCUGAACCAUGAUCAAGGUGCUAUUUGAAAAAAGCAUCUGCUAAAUAAGAUAAAUGUAAAUGUGAGGUAUUAUACAGGUGGUCUGAACUGUCGCUUUCUCAUUUAUAUUAACGGAAAAAUUCUAGUUGAUUUGUAUGUAUGAUAUAUUUCAUAUGAAGUGUUUGUUACCACAAAAUAUAGUAUUUUGAGAGUAUUUGCCAAUGUCUGUUUUCUCUUGUGUACAUACAGUAUGUACCAGUGGGGGGUUACUGAGCUCUAAGGGCUCUGGCUUUAAUUUUAUGCUCUUCUUACGCACUUCACUGCCCCCUGCUGGAGCAGUUUCACUGUGUCACUGCCUCCCUGCUCUCCUCUGACUGUGGAAUUAAAAGCUGCCCUGUUGCUGUUAUAAUA